AUGAAAAAAGAUUAUGAGCGAAUAAAUCGAACGCCAAGUAUGGAAAUUGUUUAUGGUUCACCGGAAGAUGAAAGGAAUCGUUAUCGAGAUAUUAGAUGUAUUGAAAAAACACGUGUUAUUCUUAAAAAUGUUGACGUACGAGCAAAUUAUAUUCACGCAAAUUUCAUUCAUUCUGGAAAGCAUAAAAAACGUUUCAUUUGUACACAGGCACCAUUAGAAACGACAAUUGAAGAUUUUUGGCGUAUGAUAUGUCAGACACAAUGUGAAUACAUUGUUAUGUUAUGUGAUUUUGUUGAAAAUAAUAUGUCAGUUUGCGCCGAUUAUUGGCCACGUGAAGAGGGACAACGUGCGGAAUAUGGUGACACGGAAGUGAGAAAUUCACAGAUUAAAAAGAUAGAAGUAUAUGAAGAUAAUGUAAAUUAUACGGUAAUUAAAAGUAAACUUCGUAUUAUUUCCCGAUUAGGACCUCAUUGUUGUACACAUUUUUAUUGGCCUGAAUGGAGUGAUCAAAUGCCUCCACCAUCAUUUGUUGUGAUACAACAGAUUGCCAAAAGUAUUCGACGGUCAAAACAUCCAAUUACAGUUCAUUGUACAACCGGAAUUGGUCGUUCCGCUACAUUUGUUGCCAUUGAAUUGGUACUUGAAAUGCUUAGUGAAGGACAGAAUUGUAGUAUGACUAAUUUAUUAUUAGAUUUACGGAAACAACGAUCACAAGCUAUUAAUUGUUGGAAGCAAUAUCUAGCAAUACACAAGCAUAUUAUGAAUUAUUUGGUAAUGCGUAAAAAAAUUCCGAAAGAAAUUUUAGAGGAAGUUGAUCAAUUUUUAAAUGCAUGCAACAAACAAAUGACAAAUGAAGGAAUUAAAGAUGAAGCACCAAAAUUAUCAUCUUAA